AUGCCAGAAGAUACAAGCUAUAGCAACUCCUUCGAGGAUUAUUACAACAAUUCUCACGCGAUUUCCCCUUACAAGGAUUCAUUUUACAAAGAAAUGACACCAUCUAAGCCAAAUGUAAGGUUUGGUGAUGAUGAUGUUAACAUUUUUGAUCAAAGAAAAAAAGUAAAUGAAAUCAACAAGAAUAACACCGUCAAAAGGUCGAUCCCAUCAUCGAUAAGCACCACUAUUACCCCCAACAAGUCUAGCUUAAAGUCACCAAGGGGAAAAAGGGCUUCGAAGAAUUCUUUUGAUAAUGAAACUAAGUUAGAAUCGAAAAAUGAAACUCUGAAAGAGGUCAAUGACGCGGUUAACCGUUGCUAUGCGCUUUGUAACAUUCCAACUAAGCAUGUAUCCAUAAAUAGUAUUUCUGAUUUGGCGCAGACGUUCGAAACGCUUGCUGUAGGGAUAACCCAUGAAACGAACAGAAAAGCUGAGUGUGAACGGAGCAAGAAUGCAAUAGAUUCACUUUACUACCAUGAACAGCUAGAAAAAAAAGAACUUAAUGAAAAAAGCCUUCAAAUGGCAAUCGAUCACUUGCUGAAGGUCACAAAGCAAAAUUUGAGACAAGCUGACGAUGGAAACAAACUGAAAGAAACAGAAGCACUCAAAAGUUUCAUUGAGGAAAUAGAGGAAGUUGACGAUAAUAAGAUUUCCAUCAACAGUUUACAACAACAGUUGCUUGAAGAAAAAACGGCAAACAACAUUUUGCGAAGGGAUUAUUAUAAACUCCAGGAACGUGGAAGGCGUUUAUGUCACGAGUUUCAGGAGUUGCAAGAUGAUUAUUCCAAACAAAUGAAACAAAAGGAAUAUGAGGUGCAAAAACUCAAGAAUGAAAUUAAAGUUUUAUUAAACAUGAACGAUAACUUAAAGGCAGAGAAGGCCCAUUACUCUCAGAAAGAGAAACAAUAUUUUCAAAAAUAUACCUAUAUAGAGAAAUACAUGAAUCAUGUCAAGGAAGAGUAUAAUAGAAAAGAGGACGAAUGCAAAAAAUUGAACUUUAUUAUUGACAAGAGCAUGAAAAAAAUAGAACAUUUGGAGAGGUCGCUUCAGACUCAAUUUACCGCUCAAAACAGCUUCUCAACUGCAAUGAUCCAAGAGGAAGGCCCGAAAGAUGCCCAUUUGAAGGAUCGCUAUCACAAAGUCAAAGAGUUUAUGGAACAAAAGUUGCAGACUUCCAAAAUUAAUGACCCCUCUUGUUCUGAGGCAGAGGCACUUGAUAAUGUACUUUGCUUAAUCGAAAGCAGUAUGAAAACACUGGACAAAAAUAGUAAAUGUUAUCCAAUUGCGACAAAAAAGUGCAUAAAGUAUGUUACUGACUCACCAAGACUUAAAGAAAAUGAACACGUUACAAAUUGA